AUGUCGGUCCUGUCCGCCAGCGAGCGUCCCUCCGGAGACUCGGACCGCUGGACUGCCUCGUCCAACACGUACAUUGCCAGGAGCUCGGGAACAUACACGGACAAUGACAAUGGCGACAGAGCCUCUUACCCGCGCCGCAGUCAAGACUCACGGCCCGCCACCGGUGCAGCCAACGGCAUAGCCAGCGCAGACGCUGACGCCCCCAUGGCUGUAGAGCCACCCACCGCCGCCGACGACUUUGCUCCCCGCAAGCAACGCGCCCGGCGGUCGGGCGGCUUCCUGCUCGACUCGACCUUCCCCAGCGGCCCACGACAGCGCUAUGCCGACGACGCCAAGGGCAAGCGCAGCCCGCGACACCACGGCACACAGGAGAGGAGCGGCAGGAAUGAGCGCAGCCACCGGGCGCGGCUGUCUCCCGCCAACGCGCCCGUGGCCGACGAGGGGCAGAGAGACGAACGCGGCCCCGCGCCAGGCGCAUCUCGCAUUGACUUUGCCCCUCCGCAAGAGCAGAACAGUAAUGGCCUCCACGUCGACAGGGCCAGGACGAGUGCGCACGACAUGCAGUCUGCUCCCCGCGACAGAGACGGUUUGCCGAGGACGCAACCGCCGCCGCGGCAGGCCAUUGAUCCAAACCAGCUGGUGCACAUGGCGCUGAACCUCAGCGAGAGCCGGCGAAGACACAUGAGUACCGGCCAGCUCCUCGCAUCCCAGCCCCGCGUGGCAUCUGGCUCGCAGCGCGAAGGCAGCUUCGCCAACUACGGCGCUGGCGGCAGCCUGAAACAGUAUCUCAAUGAGCAGCGCCGGGCCUCGCGCAACAUGUCCCCCAUGGGCGGCAGCAGCAACUCGCCGUCGCAGCAUAUUUCCAAUUCCAUGCAGAGGAGUGGCUCCGUUGCGUUCCCAGGCUCUCAGACCAUCAAUCCCUCUGCAUCCACGCUGGCACGGGUCAACAAGGCUCGCGCCUACAUCGAGCUCCGCAUGGAAUAUCUGCGUCUCCUGGAAUUCGUCCCGCCCUUGAAGCCCGACGCUAGUGCUCCGGGCAACUUCAUCGUAUCAUCCAGCAACAUGCCAGGCAGCCCGCAAGCGCACCUCACCCGCGUGCCGUCGUAUGCGGGCAAACAGCACGAUCUAGGCAGGCCCUACAACCCUCUACAGUAUCUCCGCAAUCGCCGUACCAGAGCUCGCGAGCGCGUGGUGCUCGAGCACCCUCCAGAAGAGUUCGAGGACGUGGAAGAGGUGCGUGAUUGGGUGGACCGUGUCCAAGAGCAUGCCAAAUAUGCCGGCUACCGUCGAGACGAUGCAGUGCAGCUGCCCAAAUUUCACAACGACCAUGAGGUAGACACGCCAUCCAGUAAACCUGCAAGAGCAUACAAGGGCUGGUUCUUUACCCCGCAAGAGUUGCUUGCAGAUGCCCACUGGCUGGAACAGGGCGACAACAAGAGACUUCUCGAAAACCGGUUUGGGCAACCGGUAUUUCCACCCAAAGAAGCGCAACCGAGGAACUCGACCCAAACGCGUACCAGCAAAGACUACCCCGACAAGCGAAGGAAGAGCUGGGGAGACGGGCUGCCUGGCAUCGCUCUGGAUCCUACAACAGGCGAUGAGAGCGAUAGAGGAAGUGAACGUGGACGCAAGCGAAGGCUGCUUCCAACGCUCCGCCCGGAUAGCCCCAAGGCUAGGAAGCACUCUAGAAGAGGCUCAAGACUACGCACCCAUGAUGACGUUGACACAUCUGGAUCAGAAUCUGACACCAAGAGGCGCAAGACUCGCGUCGCUACAGACCCUGAGCAAAACACCGGGCCGCUUGCUCUGCUACUGGAGCAACAGGCCAAACAGUCGCAGGUCAAAUCACCAGCCGCCUCGCCCAACACGCCCGACAAAUGGGGGCGCAACGGAGAUAUUGCCUUUGACGACAAGCCUGCUCGAGACUCACUGGAUGUUCCGCAGCUCACAAAUGGUUUCGCAUAUGUCAAAGACCACGGCACGUUUAAGCUUCCCCAGAAGCCACGGAAAACUAUUAGCUUAUCCGCUGAUGAUGCUGACCCCCGAUCGUCAUAUGAAAACCUCGACAGCACAGGCCCAAAUACCCCCAAUACCAAACCAUUUCCGCGCAUUAGCACCGAAUUUUCACCACCCCAAAGUCGAUCCAGCUCGCAGACGAGGAAGCCCAAGCGGCACAAGUUCAACCAAAUCUUCCAUUCGCACGACCAUAGUGAAGACAGCCAGCACGAGUGGCGCCCUGAUUCUUCCGGUACAGAUCGAAAGGGAAAAUCCAACCAAGCAAGUGGAGACACGUCGGACGAGAAGAACAUUGGCUCGGCAAUCCUGGCGGCACCCGGUGCUGUCAGGAACCUUUUGGGCCAUCGCAAGAAUGAUAGCGUUAGUAGCUUGGCUAGCCCGGACAAAACGCGCCGGAAAGAGACACAGGAGCCCCAGUCUGCUGUUACACGCUUCUUCAAGGGCGUGAGGAAUGAGGGUACCAAGGUCGGUGACAUCAUCUUUCGACGAGACCGAGCGGACGACUCCGAUUCCGACACCAUGUCCGACAACUCUGUAGAAUUCGACGACGAUAAUGAUUCUACCCGAGCCAAGCACGGCAAACGAAAGGCGAUGAAGCGUACAAUCACGUCGGGCAGUAGAACUUCUUUUAACGAUGAACGGAGUUAUCUCGACCUGCCUUCUUUCCGUCCCGUCCACGCCAGUGAAGACAAGGGUUCGGGCAAUGAGCAUCACAUCUCGCGCCAGGCUCGAGAACGCAAGGGCAGCCGCUCUCCCCGCAUCGAUCGGCUGCUGCCUCCUCGUAUGGAUUUGAGUGCCAUAUCUAACAAUUCCUCGCAAGUCUCUCUCAGUCUUGUGCCCACGCAGGAUCGAGAAAUCAUCAACAAGGCGCUGGCUCACCCUGGUGUAAUUGCGGGAGGAUUGCCCCCUACUGGACUGAGAAAUUCACAGUUAUCGAGCAGGCAGCGCAGUAGCUCGAGGCCAGGGCUGAGCGGAAGACACUGGAGUAUCACCGACAAAGAUGACCACGACCGCAAGAACAAGGCGGACGUUAUCACGCAAGCAGAUAUUGCGCGUGUACGUGCGUUAUUCGUCUGCUCAGGUGUCAAGGCCAAGGAGAUUGUUCGGCGGUCCCAGGCUUCGCGAGACCCACCUUCUGAAUUCCUCGCUCGCGCCGCUGCCUUGACAAAAACAAAACUGUACCCCGUUCCGCGCAAGCAAGAGCAUGUUCUAGCCGCACGCAUCUUGGUCAAAGACCUCGAGGCUUCAACCAAAGCCCUGCAGUCUGCGCUCGAAGGCUUCCGUAACAAGGCUAUCCAGCAGCUGUCGAGCCAAGUAUCCUUGUUGCAGUCUACCGUCGACUCUGACCUUAUGCCUCGCAUCCUCGAAGCCGGCGACAAAGCUGUGCGUGUUACCAGCGAGGUAUCCGGUCAAGGAUCACUCCAAGUCAAGCAGAUUACAGACGAGAUUGACGGCAUGAUCCGGGCGCGCAAGCGCAGGAUGAAAUGGAUGGGAGGCUUCGGCUGGAUGCUCGUCGAGUGGGCGCUUUUCCAGACGGUGUUUGGCACCAAAGACGGCUUGAGCAGCCAUGCUCAGUCGAGCGGCCCAUCCUCUUUCGCAUCGCUCGCCGCGGCUUUUGUGCCUACAGCUGUCAUUGCAACUCUCUACAUGGCAAUCUUUGUCUUGAUCCGGCACCGCUUUCCCAAGAUCUAUUCUCCACGGACGUUCAUGGGCACCGUGGAAGAAAAACAUCGUACACCAUGUCCGACGUCACCGGGAUACUUUGACUGGAUCCGGACCAUGAGGAGUGUCCCGGAUAAGUUUAUGCUGUACCAUCAAUCGCUCGAUUCGUACCUGUUUCUCCGGUUUCUGAGGACGCUGAUAUUCAUUUGCGUCGUUGGAUGUGUCAUUACCUGGCCGAUUCUCUUGCCGGCCAACUGGAUGGGUGGUGGCAGGUCGAAGGAGUUGAAUCGCCUUGGUAUUGGCAAUGUGAAGGACAAGGACCACCUGUAUGCUCAUGCUGUCGUCGCUUGGGUUUUCUUCAGCUUCGUCAUGUUUACUGUUGCGCGCGAGCGCCUGUGGCUCAUUGGACUGCGACAGGCCUGGAACCUGUCCAAGGCGAAUGCGAAGAGGCUGUCGUCACGCACCGUUCUCUACCUUUCAGCACCCACGGCAGCACUGGAUGAAAACAACAUGCAGCGAUUCUUUGGCGAAGAUGCAGUCCGCAUCUGGCCCGUCACAAGGGGUGAUAAGCUUGUAUCUCUGGUCUCGGAAAGGGAUUCAAAGGUUAAGAAACUGGAGAGCGUAGAGAUGUCGCUCAUCCUCAACAUCAACAAGGAGGUCAGGAAGAGCCAUAACAGCAGCAUCAAAUACGAACAGCUACCUAAGCAGAUGAAGAAGUCCCUGCGGCCUACACACAAGUCGAACACUCCAAUUGUUGGCAAGCAAGUCGACAGCAUCAGCUACUACCGGGACCAGAUCAAGGAGAAAGAGGAUGAAAUUGAGAAAGCGCGCGAGUCAAACGAGACUGCUCAGAGUCUUGGUGGAGCUGCGGCGGUGUUUGUCGAGUUUCGCACCCAGCCUGCAGCACAACGCGCGUAUCAACAAAUCGCCUCCGCCGACAUACUUUCUCUCACGCCUCGGUUUGUAGGGACUGUGCCGAGCGAGGUCGUUUGGGAAAAUCUGGUUCUGCCGCCUGCACGCCGCAUAUCGCAAAGCGGCGUGGCGCUGUCGCUGGUGAUUGCAACCAUUAUUUUCUGGUCUAUCCCUGUAUCGAUUGUUGGUGCCUUCUCCAAUGUUCAGUAUCUCGCGGAAAAUUUUGAGUGGCUUGCGUUUCUCAACAAACUUCCACCAUCAAUCAUGAGCCUCUUAAGUGGUCUGAUUCCUCCGCUGCUGCUGAGCGCCCUGGCUCGAUGGGUGCCAGAUAUAUUCAGAUACAUCUUCACAACAUUCGGGGACCCUACGAAGCCGGUGAUUGAAUUGAAGGUACUGAAAUGGUACUACGUUUUUCAAGUCCUUCAAAUCUUCCUCAUCACUACCCUCUCGUCUGGAGCUGCUGCGGUAGCGUCGCAGAUUGCAACAGAUCCAAGCUCGGUACCCCAGCUUCUUGCACAGAGUCUUCCUAGGGCAUCCAACACGUACCUUACCUACUUUGUUGUCCAAGCCUUGACAAAUGCCCCAAGCAACAUCUUGAACUACACUGAUGUUCUGUUCUUUGUUUUGUACGACCGCUUCUUUGACAAGACUCCUCGCCAAAAAUACGACACUCAUACUACCAUGAGAGGCAUGGCUUGGGGCAAGUUGUUUCCAAAGUAUGUCAACUUUGUGAUUAUUGCGAUUGCUUAUGCCUGCAUUGCACCUCUUGUUCUUGGCUUCGCUGCCAUUGGCCUCGUCAUUUUCUACUGGAGCUAUCGAUACCAGCUGCUCUAUACUGCGCAACCAAAAAUCGACACCAAAGGACACUGCUACACGCUUUCUCUCCAGCACAUUCUCACCGGCAUCUACAUUGCUGAGCUGUGUCUCAUUGGCAUCUUCAGCUUGCGCCAAGCAACCGGCCCCCUGAUCAUGCUUGUUGUAUUACUCAUCACCACUGCCGUAUUCAACUACACGACGAACCGCUACUUUGCGCCGCUCGAACUGUACCUUCCUGCGGACCUCGCUCCAGAAUCCGAGGACGAUGAACAAGCGCCCCUGCUGUCAUCGGCCGAAGAAGGCGAAUCAGACGCUCUGCAACACGCCCAGUCGAGACUCAACCGUAUCAGUGAGCGCACGCAUGUACCAUCGGACGUCAUCUCGCCCCUUGCCCGCUUCUUGCAACCCCACGUCUUCGCCAGCCACACGGCGAUGAAAGCCUGGGUCCGCGACGGCGAUUUCGACGACCAAGACCCAGAGUACAGCGAAAAAGACUUGAAAAAAGCGUACCUCAACCCGGCCUUCUCGAGCAAGACUCCGGUUAUCUGGCUGGCGCGCGAUGCCAUUGGCGUGAGCAAGGAUGAGAUUGCUCAGAAUGAGAAGAUGGGAUUGGAGGCUAGUGAUCGGGGGGCGUGGGUCACGCGAGACGGCAAGUUGAAGUGGAGCGUGGAUAGUUUCGACGAGGUGCCUGUUUUCCAGAGGGGUAUCAAGUGGUAG